UUUCGUAGGAUUGUCGAAAGAAUCUCACUGUCGAAAAAAGGAUAAAACUCUGAAUGGUGAAAGCUCUGUCUCUCUUCGCAGAUUCCGACUUGAAACGAGCUCUUCUCUCUCUGCUUCAUCGAUGCAAGUCAAUGUCCGAUCUCAAGAAAACCCAUGCCCUUCUCAUAACGUUGGGUCUCUCACACGACCAACCUCUUUCUUCUCGCCUUCUGUCUUUUGCCGCUCUCUCUGCUUCAGGCAACGUCGACUACGCUUACGCAUUCUUGCGGGCUCUGUCUAAUCCCUCUGUUUCCGACUGGAAUGCCAUCGUACGAGGUUUCUCCAGUGGCAGAAACCCUGAAAAAUCGAUUCGUGUUUUCGUCCAGAUGUUGAGGAGCGGGGUUUCUGCUGACCAUAUGACCUUCCCAUUUCUGGCGAAAUCGUGUUCACGUCUUUGGAACAGAGAGCUUGGUGGAUCUAUUCAUGGCGCCGUAGCCAAAACCGGGUUGGAGUGGGAUUUAUUCGUAUGUAACUCCCUGAUUCAUAUGUACGGUUCGUUCCGGGACAUAGCUUCGACACGGAAACUGUUCGAAGAAAUGCCUGUCAAGAACUUGGUGUCGUGGAAUUCGAUGUUGGAUGGGUAUGCAAAGUGCGGGGACAUUGUCUCGGCGAGACAAGUGUUCGACGAAAUGCUCGAGAGAGAUGUCGUGUCAUGGAGUUCGAUGGUAGAUGGGUAUGUGAAGAGCGAUGACUAUGAUGAAGCGUUAGAGAUAUUCGAUCAGAUGAUGGAAAUGGGUCCAAAGGCGAACGAAGUCACGAUGGUUAGCGUUUUCUGCGCAUGUGCUCAUUUGGGUGUUCUUGAUCGAGGAAAGACGGUGCACCGUUAUGUAAUCGAUGAAAGCUUGCCCUUAACGAUUACACUCCGUACUUCCCUCGUGGAUAUGUACGCUAAGUGUGGGGCAAUAGAGGAGGCUUGGAACGUGUUUCGGGAAGUACCCGCGGGCGAAACGGAUGUCUUGUUGUGGAAUUCAAUGAUCGGCGGUCUCGCAAAUCACGGGUUUAUCAGAGAAUCGCUCGAACUGUUCAGAGAAAUGCGAGAAUCCGGGAUUAACCCGGACGAGAUAACCUUCUUGUGCUUGUUAUCUGCUUGCUCCCAUGGCGGAUUAGUGAAAGAAGCUUGGCAUUUCUUCGAGGGUCUAAAGGAAAGUGGAGCUGAGCCAAAGAGUGAGCAUUACGCUUGUAUGGUUGAUGUCCUCUCCCGGGCAGGUCUAGUUUCGGAGGCAUAUGGUUUUAUAUCCGAAAUGCCAAUAGAACCGACGGCUUCAAUGUUGGGGGCUCUGCUCAGUGGAUGUAUAAACCAUGGGAAUUUGGAUCUUGCAGAAAGAGUUGGAAAGAGGGUUUUAGAGAUGCAGCCAGAUCAUGAUGGGAGAUAUGUCGGGUUAUCGAAUGUUUAUGCCAUCAAGAAGAGGUUUGAAGAUGCGAGGUCGAUGAGGGAGGCAAUGGAGGAUAGAGGGGUGAAGAAAUUUGCAGGACAUAGUAUCAUUGAACUGCUCGGAACUUCACACAGAUUCAUAGCUCAUGACAAGACACAUGUGGAUACACCUCGUAUCUGCUCGAUACUUCAUCUCCUUGUUACUGUAAUGAAACUUGAUGAUGUUGAUGUUGAUGAUGAUAAUGUCGAUAAAGAACAUCGUUUUUCCUGUUCUUGAUCUCCUUGCAAAUCUAUUCUUGUUCUUGAUGAAGAACAAAUAGGAAGCAAAGACUCUCAAGUUCAUAUA